ACUGAGCAUGCGCAGUCUCCGUCCCUCGAUCCUCUUCUCUAAGUUAAGAAUGGUGGGCGAAGCGCGCCUGGCUGUUGUAGGUUAACUGGAACAAGUGACUUCGAAAGCUGCAUACAAGUUCUUGAGGUUGACCAACAAUUAAUGGAAGAUACUGGCCUGCGACUCUCAGACGACACCAUUACUGGAAUGCUGGACACUGAGUCCCCUGUCAUGGAGAGCAAUGGAGAUGCCUUUCUACCAGACCUUCCUGUUCUAGGCCAAGCUGCUGACUGGUCCAUGGACCAGGUUGCUCCAGGACCAAUCACCAACAUCUUGCCCGAGGACUCAGACGCAUCCCAGGAUGCCCCGGGGCAACAGCAAGAACCAGACCAGCAGAUGAAUGCCACAGAGCUGGGAUCUGUGGAAAAGGCAGUGGAGCAGUUUCAACUCGCCAGUGCUCAGCUCUUCCAAGAGGAGCAGCUGCCACCACCACCACCUCCUCCACCACAGCCCACAGAAGAGGCAGAACACAAAACAGAGUCUGUGGAGUCUCUUCAGGCCAACCAGGAAAUGAGUGUAGAGCCAGAGGCUGCUGUACAGGAUGCCAGUCAAGAUGGGACUGAGGCAGCACAGGAGACAGGGGAUGGCAUGGAGCUGGAAGAACCAGCCAAGGAGACAACAGAAGAAUCAGCAGUUCCCACAGAACCACCGCAGCCCAGCGAGUUUGAAAAACUCUUUAAAGGGUGUCAGGAGAACCCAGAAGAUUUCAAUGGUUGGGUCUACCUGCUGCAAUAUGUUGAGCAAGAGAAUGUCCUUGAACCUGUGAGGCAGGCAUUUGAUGUAUUCUUCCAGCGUUAUCCCUACUGCUAUGGCUACUGGAAGAAGUAUGCUGAUAUUGAAAAGAAGCAUGGGAAUAUACAGGAUGCAGAAGAGGUGUACAGAAAAGGUUUGCAGGCCAUUCCUCUCAGUGUGGACCUGUGGCUUCACUACCUGACCUUCAUCAAAGAGAAUUCAGACACCACAGAUCCAGAGACUGAGGGUCGCAUUCGAGCUGCCUAUGAACAUGCAGUGCGAGCAGCAGGCACAGACUUUCGCUCAGAUCGCCUGUGGGAGACCUUCAUCAACUGGGAGACAGAGCAGCAGAAGCUGGCCAAUGUCACCGCCAUCUAUGACCGCAUCUUGGGCAUCCCAACCCAGCUUUAUUCCCAGCACUUCCAGAGGUUCAAAGAUCAUGUCCAGACGAACAACCCCAAACAUUUCUUGUCAGAAGAGGAGUUUGUUCAGCUGAGGCUCGAGCUCUCUAAAGCCAGCCUGAUGGCGAUGGUCACCGAAGAUGCGGAGCCUCCUGCUGCUGAUGACGAGCUACCGCCUGGUACUGAAGAGCUUACGGACCCUGCAAAGAGAGUGACAGAGAUCGAGAAUAUGCGCCACAAGGUGAUCGAGGCUCGGCAGGAGGUGUUCAAUCACAACGAACAUGAAGUCAGCAAGCGCUGGGCCUUCGAGGAAGGGAUUAAGAGGCCAUACUUCCAUGUCAAAGCCUUAGAGAAGACCCAGCUGAACAACUGGAAGGAGUACCUGGACUUUGAAAUUGAAAAUGGGACUCCAGAGCGCGUGGUUGUUCUCUUUGAACGAUGCCUCAUUGCUUGCGCACUCUACGAAGAGUUCUGGACCAAGUAUGCAAAAUAUAUAGAGGGCUACAGCACUGACGGUGUAAGACAUGUCUACAAGAAGGCGUGCACCAUCCACCUGCCCAAGAAACCAGCCAUCCACCUGCUGUGGGCAGCCUUUGAGGAACAGCAGGGCAAUGUCGAGGAGGCUCGUGGCAUCCUGAAGUCGCUAGAGGAGUCAGUCCCGGGUCUUGCGAUGGUGCGCCUUCGAAGGGUCAGUCUUGAGCGUCGCCAUGGUAACAUGGAUGAAGCGGAGGCGCUGCUAAGGGAGGCCAUGGAGUCCGGGAAGAAUGCUACUGAGACGUCGUUCUAUGCUGUGAAGCUUGCCAGACAGCAGAUGAAGGUGCAGAAAUGUCUGAGCAAAGCCAGGAAGGUGCUGCUGGAAGCUAUUGAAAAAGACCAGACUAAUCCAAAGCUCUAUCUAAACUUGCUCGAGCUGGAAUACAGUGGAGACGUGACGCAGAACGAAGCUGAGAUCUUGGCUUGUUUCGACCGAGCCCUGCAGAGCCCGAUGGCCAUCGAAUCCCGCCUCCUCUUCUGCCAGCGCAAGGUCGAGUUCCUCGAGGACUUUGGCAGCGACAUAAAUGUGCUUGUGGCUGCAUAUAACGAACAACAGAAACUGCAGAAAGAAAGUGAACCCACAAAGAGGAAAGCGGAGAACGGGUAUGACAGCUCCCAAGAACCUGAUGCCAAGAGACAACGUGUGGAUGACGAGUCCUCGGCUGCAGCAAGUGCGCUGACAGACACACAGGCCGCCAACUCUGCAUACAACUACAACUGGUACCAGCAGCCAUACGGCAGCUGGGGACAAAACUCCUGGGGGCAGUACAACCAGUAUGCCCAGUAUAACCAGUACUACCCUCCUCCUCCAACAUGAUGAACAAAAUCCUCACACGAAGACGGAGACUCAGAGGAAAGCAUCCUUUCUGACCUGCCUACUUUUCUAAACAGGGCUACUCAACUUGGUGUCAUGGAGAUGAAUCCAACCACAGAAGCUCAUUUGUUUCCUUUCUGGUUUAAAGUGUGCUAAUCACUUAAAUUAUACUUUGUAGCAAUUGUUUAGAUUAUAAUACACUUGGCUCUCCAUGGCAGCCAUUUUGAUUAGUCAUGUUGCUCAAAACAAAGUUAAUUGCUACAUCCAUCAUCUCGUAAACUGGCUGCUUUUUUGGGUUCUUUAAUGCAUGUUAAGUGUGAGAAGGCAGAUUUAUUUUCUCCUGUGUGACAAAGGCUUUCUAAUUUUUAGAUCGGAUGGCUUAGUUUGGUCUCUUUCUCUGUGUUUAAGAUUUAAACUUGUAAAGGAUGCAUUCAUUGAUGUACCUCUGAGUCGUGUUUCUUCUUCCCAAACUGAAAGAUUUUUAAUAUGUCAUGGUUGUGUUUCCAUAAAGAAAAUGAAAAGUUCCUCCUUUUUUUAUUUUGACCUGAUUUCAUAAUAAAGAGAUUGAUAUCCUGAA